GGGGUGUGGGCGGCGGAGCCUCGGAUCCCAGCUCUCGGGAGCACAGGGCGGAAAACCCCCUUGUCCCCGCACCGCUUCCGCCCGCUCCUGUGCAGGACAGGCUCAGAGCUAUAGCGUCGCCGAGGUCGCGUGGGCCAGUCCCCUGCCUCAGCAGGAUGGGGCCUAAAUGGCGCCUUGUGCUUUAAGCGAGUUUAAAAGAGAAAGUCGCGCCUGGCCCAGCAGAAGCUCUUCUUCACCUCCUUCCUGUCUUUGCCAGGCAGUGUGGCAUCUUCGGGUGCCCAGCCCGGGGCCCUCCGUGUCGCCACCAGCCCCAUGGGGGCGGCCGCGGGCCUGAGGACUUACUAGGUGGUUCACGAGCCUGGCCCGGUUUCUGCAUCUCUGAGCAGACAGCGCCUGGGGGCUGGGUGUGCGCUUCUCAAACAACCCUCUGCAGGCCUGGGAGCCGUGUGGUUCCCAGCUUAGCAGCUCAGGAGAAACGUCAGCUACUUGAGCAGAAGAGGUUUUGGGCGCUGCCCAGGUGCCGCUUCUCCUGAUGACUUCAGUGGGAAAGGGCAGACACACUCCCAGGGCUUUGCUUUCCCCUUUCUUUCCUUCAAGCUGAGAAAACCGAGACACAGGCGUGCCCCACAGUCAGGUUCAUGGUGAGACAUCCAGCAGCUUCCUCUUCCCCCGUCAGAAAUUUCACCCUGCUAUAGAUUUUCUUUUUUCCCUUUGAUGUUGUUUCCAGGUUUUUUUAAAAUUACAGUAAAAUUUACCAUUUUAACCUUUUAUUUAUUGAUUGAUUGGCUGUGCUGGGUCUUCGUUGUGGUGCAUGGGCUUCUCAUUGCAGUGCGCGGGCUUCUCUUGUUGUGGCGCAUGGGCUCUAGGCGCGCGGGCUUCAGUAGCUGCAGCACGCGGGCUCAGCAGUUGUGGCUCGUGGGCUGUAGAGCGCAGGCUCAGUAGUUGUGGCGCACGGGCUUAGCUGCUCCAUGGCAUUUGGGAUAUUCCCAGACCAGGGCUUGAACCCGUGUCCCCUGCAUUGGCAGGCGGAUUCUUAACCACCGCGCCACCAGGGAAGUCCCCAUUUUAACCUUUUUUAAGUGUCCGGCACAGUGGCAUUAAGAGCACUCGCGUCGCUCUGCCACCGCUGCCCCCUUUUCUCUGCUUCAGGGACCACACAGAUGAGAGGGAUGGAGCAGUGCGUGUCCUCUUGUGUCUGCUGAUAUCACUGAGCAUGAUGGCUCGGUUUGGGUUUUGUUUUUUUUUUUACUGUUUGUAUGGCGCUGUUCAUCUAUACUGUAGCAUUCUUUGAUUUUUUUUUGAUAUGUAGAAAAUGAGAUUGAUUUUUUGUUUUGUUUUGUUUUUACUGUUUGUUUGGUGCUGUUUUCUCCAGGUUUGGACACCAGGAUUAGUCUAGUUUAUCACACACAUUGGACAGCUUUCCAUCGUUUUCUCUGCACGGGAACUGACUUUAUAGCACGAGUUAUUUUUGCCUCCUAUAGAUGAAAUCUGUAUUAUGUCUGGCAAGAUUUCCUAAGUCUUGAUCAUUUCUCUUGACAUACUUUUUCCUGUGACCUAAAAGGAUAAACAGCUAUCACAUCUUCCCCCUUCUGAGACAUCCAUUUCAGCUUGUGUCACUCGUCCGUCCUUGGCUUGUCACCAGCCCUGCUUGUUCUUGGUGUUAAAUGCUGUUGGUCUUCUGGACCGGCUGCCUGUGUGGGAGUCCAGGCCAGCCUGUUCUUGACAUGCUCAGAACGGAGUCUGUCCACACGCUUCCCAGCCGAUGGCACUAAACACUUGGCUCCAGGGCCUGAGCCCUCUCACACCGGAUGCUCUCCUUCUCGCCCGGCCACUUCUGUUCUUUGUGUUUCAGGGGUCACUGCAUCUGGGUUUGAUACCUGACCUGGCGUAGCUGGUGGCAACCGCUGCUGCACGCCCAGACUUUGGACCCUGUUUACCAACCUCUUGAAAAAGACGGUCUGGUUUGGUUCCCUGGGGCUGCAGUAGGGAAACCCCACCGGCUGGGUAUUUUCCUGAAGUGUCUGGAGGCCACAAGUCUGGUAUCAGGGUGUUGCAGGGUUGGUUCCUCUGGAGGCUCUGAGGAGUCUGCUCUGGCCUCUCCAGCUCCAGUCUCCGUCUGCACUGGCAUCCCUGUGUGUGUCUGUAAGCCUGCCCCUUUCUCUUGUAAAGACAUGGGUCAUGGGAUUAGGGCCCAGAUCCAGGAUGACCUGGCCUUAACGUGACAUCUGCAAAGACCCCAUUUCCAAAUAAGGUCCUGCUCUCAGGUCCUGGCGGCCAGCACCUGGGCCUGUCUCUGGGGGACACGGUUCAACCGCAGCCCUGCCUCAGCCCCUCUUCUCUCCUGACCAGGACGUCUCCUGAGGUAGAGACGAAGCACAUUCUUGAGUCUCUCAGCUGCCUUGUGCCACUGGCCUCACUGUAAAGGUUUAGUAGAGUAGAGCUUUUACAUACAUUUCCCCCUUUUAGGAGUAAUUCUGGAGAAGCAAAGGCUGAAUAGCAAUACAUAAGCACCUUAUUUUAUGCAUUUCGUUGAAAACAAUUUGUCCUCUAAAAACUGUCCUCUCAAAGUUUUCUGAUUUUCCUAAUCAAUAUUUUUCUAGUAUUUUCUAAUGAAAAACAUUAUGGACUUAGAAGUCAAUUUUACCUGCACCUUCAUUUUCUCCCCGUGACUGCUCCCAGCCCAGGCCGUGUGUUUCGUGUGUAUUGAUCUGGGCGGUCUUGGCAUCCUAGCCUCUCACGAUGCCCUCUCAUCCCAGGUCUGGGGGUGACCUGAGCACCCCUGGUCCUGCUCUGCACUUGCCUUCUUGUUGCCACGUGCAGUGGCCCUCCUGGUUCCCCCGUGCUGCUCGUGGGCUUGGCCAGGGGUUAAUCUACCUGAGGUCAGCCAGGCCUGCCCAGAGGCAGGUGUUGCCUGUGGUCACUACUGCCCAGGCUGUAUUGAAAAACUGCUUUUGCACAGGACCCUCCUGGGCCCACAAAGGACGUGAUGGAAGAGGAUGAGCUUCUACCUGCUGGAUGCACUCCCAGUGAGCAUGGGCUCUGGCUGGUAAAAGAUACGCAGGGCCUGGCACAGGCGUGCAGAGCCAGCAUGGCACCUAGACACAUACGUGCCUGGCCGCCCUCCCCGGGCUGCACCAGCUGGCCGCUGGCAGAUGGGUCACCUUCUGCAGGAUUGGAGCUUUUCAGCAUCUGUACAUGGCCCUGCGGACUGGCAGGGUGUCCAGGCCCCGGGCCAGGGAGGCCAUCGCGGGCCCGGCUGCCCGGCCUGGGGCCAUGUUCCCACAGGACUCUCCUCUCAGGUCAGCAAUGGCGCCAGCCCCCAGGAUGAGCGCACCACAAGCCUGCUGGUGUUCAGCUUCCUCCAGAGCUGCCCGCACUCCCGUUGCCGCCAGGAGCUGGAGAUGCUGGGCCACAAGCUGUCCGUGCGCGCGGCCCACGACGACGAGCUGCAGACGGAUGGCAACUGGUGCAGCCACUUCCGUCUUGAGGGGGCGGCAGAGACAGACUCUGAGACUCGGGAGGAAGUGGUCCGGGACAUCGCCAGGCAGCUCGCCCAGAUUGGGGACAGGAUGGAGUGCAGCAUCUGUCCGGGGCUGGUGGCUGGCCUGGCCGCGCAGUUCAGUAACUCGAGCCUGUCGGAGGAGGACAGGAGGCGGUGCCUGGCGGCCGCGCUGCAACAACUCACACAGCUCUACCCUGCGGAUGUGGACCGCGAGAAGACCCUGCUCCUGCUGACCAUGCUCGUGGCCAAAAAGGUGGCUGACCACUCGCCAGCUGUGCUCCAAAAUGUCUUUCACACCACAGUGACCUUCAUCAACCAGAACCUUCUCGCCUACGUGAGGAACUUAGUCCAAAACGAGAUGGACUGAAGGGACGACUCAACAAAAGUGUGACUGGUUACAACUUGAGAUGGUGACAGCGGUGGAGCUGUCUCCACAGAGAUGGAGCCUCGGCCACUUAAACGCGCUCAGAGAAGACAGGCACGAGGUGGCAGCUGUCUCUCACCAUUUUAAAGCCAGGGACCAUUUAGGAAUUUCUUCAUGUACGUGUGUGAGUGUUUCACAUCAUCUACAUCCAUCCACACACUGUGCCUUUACCUAAUGUCUGCUGGAAAGGUCCCCGCCUGAAAAUCAGAUCUAGAAGCAGAUCGUGAGUUCCCUGGUGGUCCAGUGGUUAGGACUCCUCUGCGCUUCCACUGCAGGGACCAGGUCUGAUCCCUGGUCGGGGAACUAAGAUCCCACAAGCUGCAGCCAAAAAAGAAAAAAAGAACAACAAAAUGAAAGCAGGUUGACAAAUAAAAGGCAGAAGAAAAAGAACACACAA